GAUGUUUCUAUGUGCAUCAAUUGCAUUUUUCUCCUCUUAAAUAACAAGGCUACACCUCCCCUUUCUUAAUUCUCUCACUUUCUUUCAUUUUCUUAAAGUUAUUUAUUUCACCUUCUACAUGGGAGAAGUUCAAGAACUUCAACUUCACAAAAUAGAUACAAAUGAAGCCAAAGAAACAUUUUCAUUAGAGAAAAAUAUCUUAGAAGAUCAAAUAAUGAAUGAUUCAACUAUAAUCAAUAAGAAAACAAGAUACUAUUUCAAGUUAGCCUUUUAUGCUACACUUGUCUUAGUAGGCCAAUCAUCAGCAACACUUCUUGGAAGAUUGUACUAUGAAAAAGGAGGAAAAAGUAAAUGGAUGGCAACAGUUAUUCAACUAGCUGGUUUUCCAAUUCUACUACCUUAUUAUUUUUUCAUCUCAUCAACCAAAAAACUCACUAAAAAAAAUAAUAAUAACAUUAUUGAUCCAAAAUCAAAUCAACCAUCCAUUUUCAUGCUAGCUUUUGUCUAUGUCUCAAUUGGCCUAAUUCUUGCAUUAAUUUGUUACUUAUUUUCAGUUGGGCUAAUGUACCUACCUGUCUCUACUUUCACAUUAAUUUGUUCAUCUCAAUUAGGAUUUAAUGCUUUAUUUGCAUUUUUCCUAAACUCACUCAAAUUCACACCUUACAUAAUAAACUCAUUAGUCCUUCUAACAAUUUCUUCUUCCCUCCUUGUCUUCCAAAAUGACUCAUCAAAUUCCACAAAUGUUUCUAAGAAAAACUAUGUCAUUGGUUUCAUAUGCACUUUAGGUGCAUCUGCAGGAUAUGGAUUAGUACUUUCCCUUACACAAUUAGCUUUCAAGAAAGUUAUAAAAAGAGAAAAUUUUAAAGCUAUUAUGGAUAUGAUAAUUUAUCAAUCACUUGUAGCUACUCUUGCUACACUAAUAGGACUUUUUGCAAGUGGAGAAUGGAAUGGUAUAAAGAAAGAAAUGGAAGAGUUUGAAAUAGGGAAAGCUUCUUAUGUUCUUGAUCUUAGUUUCAUAGCUAUAACUUGGCAAGUUUUUAAUAUUGGUAGUGUUGGACUUAUUUUUGAAAUUUCUUCAUUAUUUUCUAAUGCUAUAAGUGUUUUAGGUUUGCCUGUUGUUCCUAUGUUAGCUGUGGCAUUCUUUCAUGAAAAAAUGGAUGGGAUUAAGGCUAUAUCUAUGGUACUAGCUGUUUGGGGAUUUAUAUCAUAUGUGUAUCAACAAUAUUUAGAUGAGAGUAACAACAAAAGAGAAAAUAGAAACACUACUCUUAAUGUUACCAAAGUUUCUUUACCUUUAGAAGAGGUUAAUAUAAGGAGUUGAUUAAUUAGUUAUACAUGUUAAGAUAGGGAAGGUGAUUUUAAGUUUUAUUAUAUAUGCUUAAUGAUUGGUAUAUUAAAGUUAUGAUGUAUUAUGUUGGUUUGCUAUUAAUACAAUGUAUAGAUCUUGUUAUCUUGAAA